GUUUUAUAUGUUGCAAAAGAAGUCCACGUCUAAAUUGGUUUCUCUGUAUACAUCCGCUACGGAAGGGUUGAACGCCAUCAACAGACAUCUCUAAUUCAUCAACAGUUGUGACAAACAUAGCAAAGCCGUAAUGAAUUUGACGAAGUGGAAUGAUUUCAAACACAAAUAUUCUAGUCGAGCAACUGGGGUCAUAGCGAUCACAUCAUAGACGCGGGCUACCGCCGUCAAUCGCGUAAUGCCUUUACUGGGCAUUUAUACAUAGAUAUAUAAUUUCAAAAUAAAACUGGAGGAAUAUCAUUCAAGUCUAAAUAUUCUGGAACCCGUCUUUUUACUCGAACAAUAAAACAUUAUUAAAAUGAGUUUGGAAAAAGUGAAACCGUUUACAUCGACAAUAAUCAUAUGGAUUGGACUUGUUGUGUUUUAUAGAAUCGGCAGUGUUCACAGUGGGCAAGUGAGGCGCAUAUGGAUGCAAGACCAUUGUCGUGAUGGAGUUUGUGGCGAUAUUGUAAUUGACCGUACUGACUACGUUAUAAUGUCCCAGACGGCAGUAGAAAAGCACAUCAUACUUACCUUCGUGAAUUCUAGCAUUGCGAAAAUACCUCAUCUCAUGUUUGAUACAUUUCCAAAUCUACAAGUUUUGCGCAUGGAAAACUGUUCAGUGGAUACUUUCGAGAGGCCACAGUUCGAGGGCGCAAGUAAUUUGAUGAAUUUAUUUCUGGGACAUAACCGUCUAAAAGAAAUUCCGCGGAAUACAUUUUUGGGAGCAGAUAAUCUUAAUGUUUUAAUGUUAAACCACAAUCAAUUAACUACAUUGAACAACUAUAGUUUUCACAGUUUGAAGGAACUAAAACAACUCUCCCUUGAUAGUAACAUGAGCGAAUCACUGCCCUCCGGGGUCUUUGUGCCGUUGCGUAAAUUAUUGGAUAUUAAUUUAGCUCGAAACCGAUUGAAAUCACUGCCAAAAGGAAUUUUUGACUCAAAUCUCAAUCUUACGCAUAUUUCCUUAGCAGGAAAUUCCUUAAAAACUUUUAAAUCGGAAAUAUUUUAGUAUCAAUACAGAAUAGCCUCUUUAGACCUUUCCGAUAAUGUUUUACAGGAAUUAACUCUGAACUUCCCCUUACUUGAAUCGGUUUGCGCCAAUAACUGCGAUAUGCGGAAGCUGACCAUUAUGGGUAUUGUCAGGGAAUUGGAACUACGCAACAAUUCACUAAGAGACAUACCACAUAUUCCGAAUGCAUCCAAUGUGACUGCGUUAGAUCUAUCCCACAAUCCUUUGGGUUCUCUGCAAGGUAAUCCAUUUCGACGAUUCUCUGGUUUACUCCGACUGAAUUUAAGCUCUACUGGACUUCACGAUGUGGACGAGGGUGUAUUCAAAAACCAGGCUCACCUCAAAUCGCUCGAUAUUUCAUCAAAUUCUCUUUUUACCCUGAAAAUUACAAUGUUUGACCACUUGAAGGACUUGCAGUACUUUUAUUUUCAGCAAAAUAACUGGAACUGCGAUUUUCUACAGUUGAUCAUGACCUCUUUUGUCAAACGACGCGAUAUAUCCUUUCUGGAGGACUCAAUUGCACCGGAAUUUGUAGAUGACUAUAUUGAUGGGAUGGCUUGCUGGUAUGAAAAUACGAGAAGCUCAAAAAAAUGUGAUGGUAGUCCCCUUACCGAUGUUGCAUUGGAGUUAGCAAUCGUUCGAAACGAUAUAGACCGUAUGAUGGAAGCUAUCGACAGAAAAUUUAUUAAACUCUUCCAGCUUAUGGAGGAAAUGAAACUGAGAUUAUAAUAGUUUAAAACACGACAUUCGUCUAUCGUACAUGUAUGCGUACAUAGACAAACUCAUCAAAUAUUAGCGUACAAAUCUAAUGCGUUAUGGUAUCUUAUUAGCUGAUAUGUCGACGUAAUUAUUUAUUAAUAUAUUUAUCCUUGUAUUCCAAUAAAGUACAGCAAUGCAAUUGCCAAGAGCAAA